GUUAUCCCGCCCAUUUGUUUGCUUCGUGCCGCCACGUGUGCUUUGAAGUUACCAGGCACUCCUGAACCUCACCCACUCUGUUUCUGUCAGCCCCUUCAUAGUUUGGGAAGUGACCAUAUGUCCGUGGUCCCAACAACAUUCACGGAAUUGAUGGAGGAUUUCCUUGACCAGUAAUUCCAUAACGGCGGGAGAACAACAGGCUAGGUCUGUAGUUUAUACCAACAUGGAUGAAAAGAUGCCCUUUCACGAGAGGAACGUACUUGGCAGGUGCUGUCGCGGCUGCCUCUUCCUGCUCUGUCGGCUCGUCCCUGCUAACUUCAUCGCCGAAGUGAAGGAACUGUCGGCGCUGGCAGGACCCGUGUUCUUAUCUGUGUUGAUGGGAUUUAUGAUCAGUUUGGUAAGCUCCAUAUUUUGUGGUCACCUGGGAAAAGUAGAACUGGAUGCUGUUUCACUUGCUACAGCGGUCAUAAAUGUUACUGGCAUUUCUGUAGGAUAUGGAUUGUCUUCAACGUGUGACACUUUAAUAUCUCAGACAUAUGGAAGUAAAAAUCUGAAACGAAUCGGGGUCAUCCUGCAGAGAGGAAUCCUUAUCCAACUACUCUUCUGCUUCCCUUGCUGGGCGCUGUUUAUCAACACUGAAAACAUUUUACUGGCAGUUAAACAGGAGAAGGAAGUGGCCAGGUUGUCCCAGAUUUAUGUGAAUAUUUUUAUCCCUGCUUUACCGGCAGCAUUUAUGUACCAGCUAUUGUCAAGAUAUCUACAGAACCAGGGUGUUAUUUUACCACAGAUUAUUUGUGGGUUUGUAGUAAACCUGUUGAAUGCAGUAGCAAACUACAUCUUUAUAUUUGUACUACAUCUGGGACUGGCGGGGUCUGCUGCAGCCAACACCAUCUCACAGUUCUUACAAGCCAGUCUGCUGCUUCUAUUCAUCUGGUGGAAGAAGUUACAUACAGCAACCUGGGGAGGAUGGACAACAGAUUGUCUGCAGGAAUGGGGACCCUUCAUGAAGCUGGCCAUUCCCAGCAUGCUAAUGAUUUGCAUUGAAUGGUGGACCUACGAGAUAGGAAGCUUUCUGGCAGGUAUUGUCAGUAUAUCACACCUGGGAGCACAGUCCAUCAUUUACCUCUAUGCCACAAUAGCAUAUAUGGUGCCUCUUGGAUUUAGUGUUGCUGGUACUGUCAAAGUGGGUCAUGCUUUGGGAGCGCAAAAGCCAGAAGAGGCCAAGAGAUACUGUAUCACUGCACUGCUGUGUGCAUGGACCCUUGCCAUCAUAAUUUCUUCAUUCUUUGGUGGAUUAAAGAAUUAUGCUGCCUACUUGUUUACUACAGACAAAGAAGUUGUUGCAUUAGUUGCAGAAGUCGCUCCAAUAUUUGCUGCUUUCCAUCUCUUUGAUGCAACUGCUUGUGUAAGCGGUGGGAUCCUCAGAGGCUGUGGAAGACAGAAGAUUGGUGCAAUCUGUGUCAUCAUUGGAUAUUAUGGAAUUGGCUUACCUAUAGGCAUCUCUCUCAUGUUUGCAGCCAAGCUUCAUAUUAUAGGUCUGUGGACAGGCUUGUUUAUCUGUGUAGUUUGUCAGUCUGUGCUCUUUCUAAUACUGUGCUUUACAAUGGACUGGAACAAGGCAACAGAUGAGGCCCAGGCACGAGCUGGGGUAAAGGAGAAAGAUGCAUGUUACUUGAAUGCAGAUUCAGUAGCUGUGGAAAAUUCUCAAGAAGACCAUGUGGCUUAUGACACCUUCACAUCAUCUGAAUUCACAUUUGCUGACAACAUUAAUGAUGGAGAAGUGCUGACUCAUCAGGAAAAGGAUGUUGUUCCUGUCAUGGUAGUAGGGGAGCUUCUGCCACUCAAGCAGUUGAUUGUUCGCCGUAGUCUGGCCAUAGUUUCUGGGAUUCUAAUACUGGCUCUUGGACUUAUAUUGAACUUCAUGGAUAGAAUAUAAAAUAGAAGCACGGUUCUAGGACUUCUGAACAGAACUGGCAGUGUGGGAUAGAAGUUACACCUGUAUGCUUCAGACAGACCUGAAGAACAUUAUUAUUUGACACUGAUGCCAGCACCUACAGAUUCUCUUCAGAUAUACCUCCAGGACAUUUGGUCUGUUGAUUUAUCAGUUCUAAUUAAACAAAGGAGGAAAAGCCUGUAUUGACAAAUACAAACAGAGGGUUGAUUAUUCAUUGUUUGCUUUUCUGAAUCUGUUGCUCUUUUCCCCUGCUUAGCUAUGAUGGUAUCGUGUAGUCCCCUUUCCAUGUAAUGUGUCCUCUGGGGACACCUUUACUACUCCCACAACUGACUGGAAAGUAUAUGUAUAACAGGCACAAGGCAGGUACUGGGGGAUAUUGUAACAGUCAGUCAAGGAGAAUUUUUUUGUCACAGUGAGUGAUCUUAUCAGUCCCAACUCAUUAUAAAAAUGACAACUAUGUUUGGAAAUUAACAUUGUUUUGAACAUUAAAUAACAUCUGUUCUUUCCCACUAUUCCCCCUAUCUUCCAUAAUAAAUACUGUAGCUGUGCAUUUUGUAAUACUUUUCAUGAGUUUGUAUGAAGAAGUGGCUUUUUCAAUACCUGUGAAUGUGUCUUCAUUUAAACCAGCAGGUGGCACAGUUGUGCACAUAUGUGUACCCUUGCUUACUGAGUGUGUGGUACUGUAUUCUCUAACAAACAUCUGAAAUUAAAAAGAUGGUUAAACACA